AUUUUCGUGUUUGCAAGAAUCUUUAUCAGAUAUUGUCUUCAUAAUUAUUGUUUCUUGUAUCUGGCGUUCAGGGUUGAAAAUUAUCAGUUUUAAAUCACUCUGAUCGGUUCUGUGUUUUCCGAGAGCGAAGGACAGUUAUUGGAAACUGCAAAACACGCGGAAGGCAUAUUUUCUAGCAUAAUUCGCACCAGACAGAGAGUGGUUUAUUUCAAAGUGACAAACAGACAUUCUAAGAACAAGAUAAGAGAAGGGUUUCAUAGAGACAGCCUAUUAUGAGUCUCAGUGUUGGAGCAUACGAGUGCGGGUACGGAUAUCCCGGCACUAUGGGUCUGUCGUCGGCGUCGGCGCAAGGAUACUAUGGUGCUCAUUAUCCGGCACCAGAGAUUCAAACCUAUCAGGAUUAUACUGAAAGAGACUUAUACAACAGUUGGGUUCUGAGUUCAAGCACUAAUCAACAAAUGUCACCGGAAUCGUACGGCAAUGUGUCGGGAACUCCGUCGCCGACGGCGAUGAGUCAGUAUGGAUAUUCGGUUGCGGAGACCAUGCAGCAUAUGUCUCAAUGGCGGGAUUUUCAAAUGACCGACGGAGAGUUAGCUUUGGCACACAACAUUCCAGUUUCAGAGCUCGGCCAGUAUGAAGCUUACACAAAUGUUUAUGGUGAUCGAUGCCUAAGGCGAAGGACUUCAGCUAACAGAAAAGAACGCCGACGCACUUUAAGUAUUAACAAUGCAUUUUCCAAUCUUCGUGGUUCCAUUCCAAACGUGCCGUCGGAUACUAAACUUUCUAAGAUCAAGACUCUAAGAUUAGCAAUUAGUUACAUCUCAUAUCUGAAUGAAAUUCUUGAGAAAGGAGACUCCGAACUGGCUCAAACAGGGUUCAAAGCUGACAUUUCACGGAAGAGGGAAAGAAGAGUUAUGCCGACGGUAACAGAAAAGAAACCAACCGACUCAUGUGAUUCUGAAGAUUCGAGAGACAGUACCGGAAGUUCAAUUAAUUCUAGAGACGCCACCGGAAGUGACAGUAGAGCGAACUGCAGUGAAGAAAAUAAAUCAAAUAGCCCAUGUGACUCUAAAAUGAAAGGGCGAACCGGAUGGCCACAGGAGGUUUGGGCUUCUGAACUGAAAUUGUCUCCAACUCAUAUGUCUACCGAUAUUCCAGCAACCGGAACAUCAUGACCAUGCGAGGGCAGCAAAAAUCGGUUACUGUAAGCAACACGCGCUUAGCAUCACGUUGUGAUACUAGUGUUUGAACUGUGCCAUUAGUUAGUCAAGAUAUCUGAAAAAAGACGCCAUAAAGUGACCAAGAACUGUCUCUGUCCUUCGGAUGGGAAAUAACAUUAUAUGAGAGAAAAUGUUGAUAAAUCACAAAUCCAGUCUUGGACUUUUUCGUGCAAUUAAGAAACAUUUCGGUAAUUGAUGUUUCUUUAUUUAUUUUUGGUAACUGAUUGAUUCUGUUGAAGAUUAGGAACUAUUUCCAUUCCUUUCCGUUUAAAAAAUCACUUUUCCAAUAAUUCAUUUGUGCCAAAAUUGUUUGUUUAUAAGUAUAUAUAAUGUGUUGUAAUGUCAUAUCACAUUGCGACUGUUAAUCUGCAUUCUUCAAAUUAUUCCAUUUUAAUAUUGAACAAUAAUUAUAUUAUUCCACGUGGCCACAAUUCACAGAUUUCAUAUCAAAAAUCGUGCGAGAAUUUCCCAGGCUAUUCUAUACAAACAAUAAGAAGUUCUUCCCUGCUUCAGACCCAAUGACAACCGUUUCUUUGAUAAAUUCCAACUUUUGUUUAUAACAACUUUGUAAUUAUACGAGGAUCUGUCAAAAUUGGCGUCUAGCUGAAAACACACGGAGAAACCGUGCUGUAUAUUUAGAAACAUUGUUUUUUAUCAGAAAAUGUAAAGAUAUGAUCCCGUCAAAUUUUAUCUCAAGUUAGGACAUAGACCUCACACAAUUCCACAGAAGUUUUCAUGUUUUGAAAUGUAAAAUGUUUGUAAUACUGAAAUUGAUAUAUUUAUCAGAACAAAAAUAACCCUGCACAAUAUUUUAACUGUUUGAUGAUGGUUUUUAGGGUAUAAGAUUUUUGGUUUAUAUGAUGUUCAGACUAAAAUUCGUCUGACAGUUUCAGAUAUUUUCUCCAUCAGCGUUUGUCAAAGGUUUAUCACGUGAAAAAAGUUGUUUUAAUGGGUUGAUAAUAUAAUCAUAAUGAUAGUGUAAUUUUAUGAAUUCAUCAUCAUCAUCAUCAUCAUCAACAUCAUCAUCAUCA